UUUAUGUAAGUGCGUUCAUUGUCAUUGUUGUUCUUGUUUUUUGACAGCAUGCCGGAGCCAGCUAAGUCUGCUCCUGCUCCGAAGAAGGGUUCCAAGAAGGCUGUGACCAAGGCGCAGAAGAAGGAUGGCAAGAAGCGCAAGCGUAGCCGUAAGGAGAGCUACUCUGUGUAUGUGUACAAGGUGCUGAAACAGGUUCACCCCGAUACUGGCAUCUCAUCCAAGGCCAUGGGUAUCAUGAACUCCUUCGUUAACGACAUCUUCGAGCGCAUCGCAGGCGAGGCUUCCCGCCUGGCCCACUACAAUAAGCGCUCUACCAUUACCUCCAGGGAGAUCCAGACGGCCGUGCGGCUGCUGCUUCCCGGAGAGCUGGCUAAGCACGCAGUGUCCGAAGGUACCAAGGCUGUCACCAAAUAUACAAGCUCCAAGUAAAUGUGUUUAGGUAGUUUAAAACUCAAAGGCUCUUUUCAGAGCCACUCAAGCCUCACAUAAAGAGCUUUAAUAUUGAAUUUUGCCAUUUCCUACGGAAUAAUUUUUCCAAUUUUGUAAUCCCAGUACUUUGGGAGGCCGAGGCGCGCGGAUCGAGACCAGUCUGGCUAACGUGGUUAAAUCUCGUUUCUACUAAAAAUACAAAAAUUAGCCGGGCGUGGGCCAGGCGCGUGUCAUCCCAGCGACUCGGGAGGCUGCGGCAGGAGAAUCGCUUGAACCCAGCAGGCAGAGGAUGCAGUGAAACGACAUGGCGCUUUUGCAUUCCAGCCUGGGCGACAAAAACGAUGCUUCCUCUCAAAAAAAAAGUUGGCCAGGAAAUACUCCUAUUCUGUGUUGGCACGAUCCUGUAAUCCUAGCACUUUGGGAGGCCGAUGCAUGAAGCUCUCUUCAGCUCAGGAGUUAACAGAUUUGCCUGGGCAACAUAGAAUUCGUCUCUGCAAAAAAUGAAGCUAACCGGGUGUGACGUGACGGCUUGCGUCUGUACUGUCAGUUACUCGGUAGGCUGAGGUGGUAGGAUAGCUUAAACUCGAGCUAGAGACUGCAGGAAUAUGUGAAUACGCUAGUGCAAUUCCAGCCUGGGCAACACUGGAAGGGGUAGGAAGAGUAGUCUUUGGGUCCCUAAAGAUCACCUGCCAACAAGUUUGACUUUUCUGAGCACUCUUGUGGAGUUUGUUGUGGAGGGAAUACCAUGGGCAUUGGCAACGUAAAGUUGAGCUAAAAAAUCUCGUUUUCGGCCGUGCGCGGUGGCUCACGCCUGUAAUCCCAUCACUUUGGGAGGCCGAGACGGGCGGAUCACGAGGUCAGGAGAUCGAGACCAUCCUGGCUAACACUGUGAAACCCUGUCUCUACUAAAAAAAUACAAACAAAAUUAGCCGGGCGUGGUGGCACUCACCUGUAGUUUCAGCUACUCCGGAGGCUGAGGCUGGACAGUCCCUUGAACCCGGGAGGCGAAGGUUGCAGUGAUCCGAGAUCGCGCCACUGCACUCCAUCCUGGGCGAAAGAGCUAGACUCCAUCUCAUAAAAAAAAAAAAA